GGGAGGAGGCGAUGGCGCGGGACAGGAGCGGCGGCCGCAGGUUUCCUUUUCCGCGGACAGGAGCGCAGCGUCCGGUACGUGAAGACGAAACAUGGACGGAAUUAAGUCGUUCUGUGAGACGUAUCAGGUGUUAGAGGAUGCACUUGAGCCGAUAAAGGGUGAAGCGCUGAGCCCAGAGAUGAAGCACUGUGCCCUGUGACACUUAUCUUUGCUGUCUUCACCACUGGAGGAUGGCUGCCAGACUCUGUGAAAAUGGUUCUGGUCGGUACCACUGCACCCACGGCAACCAAACUCUUGAAACCAGCUGCGUGUUGCUCCUGAUCAUGCUCGGAAAAGUCUUCCUCGAUUUCUUCAUGUUGCAAGUCAAGCCAAAAAACGUGAAAGCCAGUUUUAUGGGAUACUUUUGCAUUUCAGUGGCACUUCUCGAUCUCACGCUGCUGCUGAUCUUCUGUUUCAUUUUCUGUUUCGAGGACUUUGCGCUCUGGGGGAUGCGGUUCACCAAGUACCACAUCUGCCUCUUCACCCAGAUCACCUCUCUCACCUGCGGAAUUCUGCACUACCCCGUGUACCUCGUGGCUGCUCUGGACUAUUACACCACUGUCUCCCAGACAUCCCAGUUCUCUAAAAGAGGCCAGAAAUUACUGUACGUGUUCGCUGUGGUGGUUAUAUGGAUUUCAGGGUUUUUCUGUAUUCUGAAAGUUCCCGCUGUCUAUGAAGAGCUGGAAAUUCAGAAGAGUGUCUCUCCUUACCAGUGCCCUGUCUCUGCCAGCCUGCAGAGCUACUCAGUCUCGUGUGCCAUGGUGCUGCUCCUGGGCACUGCUCUCCUGGCUCGCUGGAAGGAGGUGGUGACCACCCUGCUGUCUGCCAGGCUCGUCUCCAUCUCCAGUCAGCCUGCUUUGAUGUUCUCCUACACGUCCAACACCACCACCUGCUUUAAGUGGCAGCUCCUGAGCAGACUCCUCAUCUGCUUUCUUGGCACUUGGGCACCUUUAGUUGUUCUCCAGGUCCUGGUUGUGUUCCUGGGAGCGCAGAUUCCGGCCUACGUGGACAUGAACGUGCCCUGGCUGUACUUCAUCAACAGCUUCCUCCUGGCAGCCGUGUACUGGUGCCGGUGCCAGGAGGUCGAGCUGGCAGAGGGGACGUGGAGCUCAGACCCGUUUGUCAGCUGGAAAUUCUGCUUUGUGCCGUUUGACAAUGAAAACACAGAGCCAGCUGAUGAGCCGGGUGUGGUGAUUGUCAUCUGUUGAUGAGCUGCUGGCUGGAAAGGCUGCAAUAAGUGUGGGCGCUGAGGUUCUGUGGCUGGGUCCUUACAGACAACACAAGGAAACAGCUCCAGAGCUACACUCCAUGGAAAAAAGUCCAAUAUUGUAGUGAAUGUUGCACUGGAGUGCAGGACACUGGUCCCAGUGCACUGCAAGCACUGUCAGUUCACGGGAUUCAACCUCAGAUUACAUGUUUAAAAGACCACUGCUUAUAUAAACCAAGUUUUCUGUUAAACCUCAUGUUUAUGACAGAAUUUUACAUUUCCUUUACAUGGAAUGAUCUCAGGUUUUACAGUACAAAAUGGAAUAAAGUCUUCAAGGCUGGAGCUACAUGCAGGUGCUGAUCCAAAGUUCAAACAACUUCUGUGAUUUUUUUGAAGUGCAUUUUCUUCUUAAAGUCUGGCUUUGUGUCAGCUUGAUUGAAGUUAAGGGUUGCUGUCUAACAAGAAAUAAAUUUUUUUAGUUAAUGUAAA